UCUUUCAUGUGGGUGAAACAAAAAAAUCCUUACUCGAUGUAUUGCAGAUCUGUUACUUUUUUCGUUUUGGCCGUUUUCCUGCUAUGUGAAUCAGAAGCAUGGUGGUUAGUGGGGAAAAUGGCAACAAUAGGAACUGUCCCGCAAGAAGUGGAGCAAGUCCAUAUUAUUUUGGUACCACAAAUCUUUGGUGUAUGAUGAAGGGCAAACGUGGCAUUCCAACACGGGGGGUUUGGGAAUUGAAACAUCGGUUUAUCUAUUAUAAAGGAUUAUACUUUGAAUUUUCGAGUAAUUCAAAAGCCUACGUUUCAUCAACUCGUCUUGCAAGCCAUUGUUCCGGUGGAAGGGAGGGUUCGCCUGCUGGUUACAGCGAGGUAGAUGUCGAGUGUCUGAAGGGUUGCGCUCGCAACUACAGAUGUACGUUUGGAAGUUACAAUGCCUUAGGUAACAACUGCCAUAAGUUUGCAAACCGCCUCUCUGAGGUCAUGUGUAAGAGAGGGGGUGGCUGCCCUAACUGGUGCUUGGGUAGUUGUAAUGAUGCAUAUAUCAGCGGAUAAAUUUACCCAUUAAUAUAUCAAUA